UGAUCUGACAUGCAUGGCGCAGGUCCGAAUAUACACUUCAAUUCUUCUGAAUCAAGAAACUUUCCGAGUUAGUACACAUUGGGACUCUUGCACAGUGAAUUCCCUUUUGUCAUCGUAAAAAAUUUGACCUGUUGCAUUGAACGUUGUUUUUUUUCGAUAGUGGUACGUCUAAAGUAUAUACCGGCAAUUACUUAAUUUCAUUCGACGCAUUGCCUGAACAUCCGAGAAUCGAUGCUUUACGCCUGCUUCUGAAAUUAAGAUGCUUAUGUGGAAAUUAAAAAUUAUAAGUUUUCCUAACAGCCAGAUCUCGCAUGUAUAAAGAGAUAAAAAGAAUUGAAUGAGGUAUAAUUUAGAUGACCGAUAUGCAUUCGACAAAUUGCUCAUUACCAGAAAUAAAUUAUUCAAAUCGCUGAAUAGCCCUAACAGUGCUGACUAUGUUUCGAAUAGAAUGUAAUGGUUUCCCAUACGCAGUUGUAUACCAUAAUCCAAGUCAUGCCAUUAAGAAUGGAAAUCGCCCUCAAUGAACUUCCCACUCGAAAUAAUAGAUUGAGUAAAAAAAUCCCGCCAUUGGCGAUAUAUAGGAAAAAUGACAACCAUACCGAGGAGUUAAACAUGGAUCAAACGGGCUCAUCUAGGAAUGAAUAUCAACAUCGACGAAGCUAUUCUUCAUAUAGUGGCAACUCGGAAAGCUUUCAAUGCGCGAUCGGGCCUAUUUUAAGCAUCGCUCAAAUAUUUGGAAUAUUUCCAGUAUCUGGGAUACGAUCGACAUCACCAUCGAAACUUCAUUUUAAUCCACUUUCGUUUCUCACCAUCUAUUCUGUAUUUGUCACUGUGAUGAUACUUUUUGCAACGACCAUAUCAAUGAUUUAUAUGUUUAAAACUUUGAACGCGGAGACAUUUCAAAUGCGUGGUGGCAUAGGCGCAGCAACGGUCGGAGCAGUGUUUUAUGGGAACAGCCUGCUGGGCUUGAUUCUAUUUUUCUGGCUAUCGUCACGUUGGGCGUCCUUUCAGUGCGAGUAUAGGGCUAUGGAACAAUACAUAGAUAGAAACUCCUCAGAAAGGUCAUAUCUUCGAUGGAAAUUUUUACUUAUAAGUACUGUCGUUCUAUUACUGGCACUCAUUGAGCACAUCCUAAGUAUACUAAAAAAUGCCGAGGGCUAUGAUUGGUGUUCACCACAGAACUCGUCGUUUCGUAACUUUCUGGAAAUAUACUCUUUACGAUCACAUGCUUUUAUCUUCGACAUACUGGACUACAAUUUUACAUUCGGUGUAUACAUAUUUCUUAUCAGUAAAGUGGCAACUUUCACAUGGAAUUUCACGGAUCUCUUCCUUAUGCUGGUCUCCUCGGGUCUGGCAGAAAGGUAUAAAGUUUUGAAUAGAAAAUUAGCGCUCACAGUAGCAAAUAAUCGGUCAACUAUUGGUUGGCAAGAGCUUCGCGAAGAUUACGCUAUUUUGAGUUCCAUUGUGAAAAAGGUGGACGAUCAUGUUUCACCGAUUAUUCUUCUGUCGUUCGCAAAUAAUCUAUAUUUCAUUUGUCUUCAAUUAUUAAACGGCCUUUCGACUGCAGGCGACAGUUCACUUUUAAACACAAUAUACUUUUUUGGUUCAUUCGUGUUCCUUAUCGGACGUACAGCUGCUGUCACUUUAUUCUCGGCGAAAAUUUACGAUGAGAGUAAACGGGCGUUACCCUAUUUGUACAACUGUUCAGCGUCCAGUUACGGAAUCGAGGCACAAAGGCUCCAAUAUCAAUUAGCCACGGAUGACGUAGCAUUAACAGGAUUGCGUUUUUUCUCUAUUACCAGAAACUUUAUGCUUGCGAUGGCAGGAGCAAUUGUAACGUACGAAAUUGUGCUUUUACAGUUUAACGGUGAAAGGAAAUGAAUUGAACGGAUUAUAAUUAACAAACGAGGGUUGGACACCAUCAUAUUAUCUUUUUGUCGAAUCACUUACGCGCCACGAGUGCCAAACCAAGCAUUAUAUAUAUAUGGAAUGCAUCAAUCCAGGACAAUUUUUGAAAUGUUGGCAUUUGACACUUAGAAGUUUGAGUAUAUGGCACACUACGGUAUUUUACGAACUUACGUGUUGCGCACAUAAUAUGAUAAAGGAUCUACACGUUCUGUGUGAUUGUUACACUUGAGAUCAUUUUGACAUGUUGGCUACACGUCGCCAAAAAUCAGUACCAAUUUCAACACCAUAGUGUAAUGUAACAAUUGUAUUUCUCUCACCGAUUCUCAUUAUUAUUUAUUAUAUAAUUUCUCUACUAUCCGAACACUGAUAUAAUGAUUUUCUGUUAUUAGCAAAAAAUAUUAGAGGAAAGAGAUGAACGGUUGGGUGAGUUCGAAAUUUGUUGAACAUACUUUUUGAAAGUGGUAUGAACAUUUUGUUGCAAACCGUUAUGAAUAUUGGUUCGGAAGUUUAAAAUUGUAAUGUCUGACACACACAUACACACACACAGCCUGAUAUAACAUCGACUUUAGGCAGCCAAUAAUCUAGAAGUAAACGAUGUUUUAAAGAACUGAACUGACAAGUAAAUGAAAAGAAUUUUUGUACUUUAAAAUGUACAUAAUAAUUCGUAGCUUUUUAUUCUUUCCUAAUUAAUUGUUGAUCAAGCCUUUUCUUUCAUUUUAGAACAAACAGAUUUCAAGUUUAGGUAUUAAUUUCUGGAAUUAAAUUGAAUUUAUUUGCGAAAAUUGCGAAUAUAAGCUACGUUUGUGUAUCACAUAAUGCUCUUUAGAUUAUUA